GUGCGGAGAAUCAAGAUGCUGGAGUAUGCGUUGAAGCAAGAAAGGUCAAAAUACCACAAGUUGAAAUUUGGCACGGAGCUGAACCAGGGAGAAAAGAAACCGGAGCCUACCUCUGAACCAGUGUCCAACGGGCCAGCCGAGCUCCUUUCCCUGGAAAACAGCCCGUUCAUCUGGAAAGAAGGACGCCAACUCCUCCGCCAGUAUUUGGAAGAAGUGGGCUACACGGACACCAUCCUGGACAUGCGCUCCAAGCGGGUUCGCUCCUUGCUGGGUCGCUGUUCCGUGGAGCUGAACGGGGCCGCCGAAGCCAGCGGCGUGGGGACCGGACCAGCCCUGGGGCCCACCAGCCUGAACGGAGGCGAAUCGCUUCUGGUCAAGCAGAUCGAGGAGCAGAUCAAAAGAAACGCUGGGAAGGAGGCGACGGACCGGAUCAGCAACACCGUCAUGGAGAAGAUCCCCUUUUUGAGGGGCUGCGAGGACGACGACAGCGACGAAGAGGAGGAUUUGGAAGGCCUGUCCCUGGAAACGCAGCGCCAGCACAAGAAGCAGCGCGUAAAGCUCGCCAGCAAGCCCCUGAUGCCCGAAGUGGAGGACGAAGAUGACGAUGAAGACUCGGAGGACGCCCUGAGCGAGUUUCACUUCUUGGGCUCCGGGGAAAACGGGGAAGGGUCUGGUGACAGCCGGUGUGCUGGAGAUGGCAACGAGCUGGGGCCCCGCCGGGUGAAGCUGCAGGGGAUGCUGGCUGAUCUUCACGACGUGGAUGGACUCUCUCCUAAGCCUUCCAUCCCGUCAGCCAUGACUUCCCAGCCCAGAUCCCACGAAGGGUCGCUGGGCUUCUCCUCAGACGUCUUUAUCAUGGACACCAUCGGAGGGGGGGAGGUCAGUUUGGGCGACCUCGCCGAUCUGACCGUCACCAACGACAACGAGCUGAGCUGCGACCUCUCGGACAGCAAAGACGCUUUUAAGAAGACGUGGAACCCCAAAUUCACCCUGAGGAGUCACUACGAUGGCAUUCGAGCCCUGGUCUUCCACCACCGGGAGUCGGCUUUGGUCACGGCCUCGGAGGACGGCACCCUGAAGCUGUGGAACCUUCAGAAGACCGUGGCUGCCAAAAAGAACGCCGCUUUGGAUGUGGAACCGGUCUACGCAUUCAGAGGACACAGGGGCCCGGUGCUCUCUGUGGCCAUGGGUUGCAACAGCGAAUCCUGCUACAGCGGUGGAUCGGAUGCGAGGAUCCGCUGCUGGAAGAUCCCCGAUUUGGGCAUGGAUCCUUACGACGGCUACGAUCCGAGUGUGCUCCACACUGUCUUGGACGGCCACACGGAUGCCGUCUGGAGUCUGGCGUUCAGUCUCUCGAGGAACCGCUUGGCCUCCUGCUCGGCAGACGGCACCGUGAGGAUAUGGGACCCCUGCAGCGGCUCCUGUCUCAGCACCUACAACGCGGAGAGCGAAAACGGGAGCCCCACCUCGGUCGCCUUCUCCAGCACCGAUGCCACGCGGGUGGUGGCGGCCUUCCAGACGGGCAGGGCGCUGCUCUACGACGUGGAGGCCGCCUGCCCCGUCCUGGCGUUCGAGAGCAGGCCUGCCACUGGAGCCAGUCAGAUCAACCAGGUGGUGAGCCACCCCACCCAGUCCAUCACGAUCACCGCGCACGACGACCGAGGGAUCCGUUUCCUAGACAAUCGGACAGGAAAAGCCGUGCACUCUAUGGUGGCCCACCUGGAUGCGGUUACCUGCCUGGCCGUGGAUCCCAACGGAGUCUUCCUCAUGUCAGGAAGCCACGACUGUUCGCUGCGGCUGUGGAACCUGGAUAACAAGACCUGCACGCAGGAGAUCACAGCUCACCGCAAGAAGCACGAGGAAGCCAUUCACGACGUGGCCUUCCACCCCAGCAAGGCCCUGAUCGCCAGCGCGGGUGCCGAUGCCCUGGCCAAGGUCUUCAUCUGA